GACAACGAUUACCUGAAAGAGGAUUUAGACAUGACCUAAUUUAGGAAACCUAAACAAGUUUAACAAAAUUUAGAUAAUUAAAAAUGAGACGGAGAGGAGCUGGUAUUGCUGCUAUUAAAAACAAAAAUUUAGCUCAGGCAAAGUACAAAGACAAAGGAAAUGAGAUUGCAGAAGAUCAGUUUGCUCAGAUGUCAAAACAGAUGGAAACAUUUAAAGGACAUCUAGAAGAUUUCACAGCUAAACAUAAGGAUGAGAUCAGGAAAAGUCCAGAGUUCCGAGCUCAGUUCCAGGAAAUGUGUGCAUCAGUGGGUGUCGAUCCUCUAGCUUCAAGCAAAGGUUUCUGGGCAGAGAUGCUGGGUGUAGGAGAUUUCUACUAUGAACUUGGGGUACAGAUUAUAGAAGUAUGUCUAGCAACUAGCCACAGGAAUGGGGGUUUAAUUAGUAUAGAAGAAUUGAAGGACAGAUUAAAGAAAUCUAGAAGCAAGAAAAGCCAGGAUGUUAGUUUAGAUGAUUUGUUGAGGGCUAUAAAGAAACUUAAAGCAUUAGGUAAUGGUUUUACGGUGAUACCUGUGGGAGGUACAUACAUGAUACAGUCAGUGCCGGGAGAACUGAGUCUUGAUCAUACCGCAGUUAUACAGGCUGCACAGAGUUCCUCUCAUGUAACAAAGAGUUCCCUAAUUAAAGAGCUGAAAUGGGAAGAGGAGAGGGCUGCCAGAGCGUUGAAUUACCUUGUUAAAGAAGGCCUAGUAUGGGUUGAUGACCAGGCUGGGUCAGAGAGAGAAUACUGGUUCCCUAGUUUAUUUACUGCCAAUUUAUCAGCUGGUUCCUGAACAAACUAGUGAUUGAUUUGACUGGUUCCUUAAUUCCUUAAAGAUGUACAGACUACAGUCCAGACAGUGCUGGUUCCUAAAUUAUAUAACUUUUAAUGUUUUGCACGGUUCCUGGUAAAUCCAAAUAUGGAAGGCCCGAUAUCAGAGUUAAACCAGAGUUUACUUAGUUUUUGUACCUGUAAACAAAAAAAUUUUAUUUUUGAUAUUUAAAUAUUGGCAGACUCAAAUAAAAUUUGCUUGUCAACAAAAUAAUGGUG